AUGACUGACACUUCAAAGCCCCGAGACGAUGUCUACGGUCCCUACGACUCAUCCUACCUCCAGACCUCUAUGCCCAAAACUCAUACACAGUCUCCAGCUGUCACCGGAACAUCAGUUUUAGGCGUCAAGUACAAUGGUGGCGUCGUCAUUGCUGCAGACAAUCUAGCUUCAUAUGGAUCUCUUGCACGAUUUACAGAUGUCAAGCGUCUGCGAACAUUUCCCCCAAAUACUGUGAUCGGCUUCGGAGGCGACGUAUCAGACAUGCAAUACUUGGACCGACUACUACAAUCAUUGGACAUCCGCGAGAACUAUCUUUCCUCGAGCGAGCAUACCCUGAACGCAAGGAACCUACACACAUAUCUGUCGAAGGUCAUGUACAAGAGAAGAACUGACUUCAAUCCACUGUGGAAUAUGAUGCUGGUUGCCGGUCUGGAUGAGGAUGAGAAACCGUUCCUUGCCAGCGUCGAUCUGCUGGGAACUACUUUUUCAAGCCCGACUUUGGCCACUGGAUUCGGUGCACAUCUGGCUCAACCUCUACUACGGAGAUUGAUGCCAAAGGACGAAGAAAGUGUGAAAGAUGUGACGAAAGAGAUGGCUAUUGAUGCUAUCAAGGAGUGCAUGAAGGUCCUCUUCUACCGAGAUGCCAGAAGUUUGGACCAGUACAGCAUUGCGGUGAUCACCAAGGAUGGAGUGGACCUGAAGGAGGACGAGAAACUUGAGAAGCAGAGUUGGGCAUUCGCUGACCAGAUUCGGGGAUAUGGUACGCAAACCGCAUAG